AAAGACAGCAACGAUUAGAAUGGCGCAGUGGCAGGAGCUGCUGAGGCUUGACUCUGUACUCCAGGACCGGGUGAGGCAGCUGUAUGAGGGGCAGCUCCCCAGAGAGAUCCGACACUGGCUGGCUGACUGGAUUGAGAACCAGGACUGGGGUUCAGCAGCUGUGGAUGAAAACAAAGCCAGUUCUUGUUUCCAUGCUCUCCUUGGUCAUUUGGAAGAACUGUGGAACCGUUCUGUCCAGGAGAACAACAUCUUGCAAGGUCCAGAUUUCCUAGGGAUGAAGCACUACUUGGUGGAACAUUUUCAAGAUAAGCCAGUCAACUUGGCCAUACUUGUUUCUGAAUGCCUAAAGGAGGAAAAGAAAAUCCUAACUUCUGCCAAUCCUGCAGAGUUUUGCAGCAAUCCAGGGAUGCAACAAAAAAGGAGGAAGCUGGACAACAACGUUGCUGAACUGAAGAUGGAAAUUUUGGAAGUAAAGAAGGAAAUCAAGACACUGGAGAGUCUUAAUGAAAAACUUGACUUCAUACAGAUGACCUGGCAAAACAGAGUGGAAAAUAAUAUCGGACUGGCCCGCUCACAGGCUGUUGUGGAAGAGGAGUGUCUUAAGCAGGCAAACUUAAUCACACAAACAAAGCAGAUUGUGCUGCAGCAGAUAGUGAACAUUUCCAAUAAGGCAGCGCAGAUGGUGGCGACUCUGACAGAUGUGGAGCUGCCUGAGUGGAAGCGCCAGCAACAGCUGGCCUGUAUUGGAAGUCCAGAGGACCUCUCUCUGGAUCACCUCCAGAAGUGGUUUACGACUGCUGCUGAGGUGCUACUCGGAGUGCGCGAACAGCUUCUGAAACUACAGGAGCAGAACAACAAAUACAGCAGCGCUGAUUCUUCCAGCCCCACUGCUUCAAUUGCUGAAAUUGAGAAAUUUGCUCUGUCCUUGAUCACAAAACUUCUCACAAAUGCGCUGGUGGUAGAGAAACAACCUGUCAUGCACAAUUUUCCAUAUCGACCUCUAAUCCUUAAGACUCGCGGUCGCUUCACAAUGACUGUAAGGUUUUUAGCAAACCUUUCUGAUUUCAAGUUCCUGCUCAAAGUCAAGCCUGUAUUCGACAAGGAUGUUGAAGAAGCCAGUACAGUCAAAGGGUUUCGUCUCUUUGACUUCACGAAGGUUGACAGUAAGGUGUUGGACGAGGACGUAGCAGGUGGAGGGUUGAUAGCAGAAUUUGGUCACAUGUCACUCAAGGAAACAAGUCCAAGAAACAAAGGGUCGUGUGAGAGUCGUCUGGGAGUCACCGAAGAGCUUCACACCAUCUCUUUUGUGACACUGUUGCAGCAUGCUGGGCAAAGAUUUAACAUUGAGACCACCUCUCUGCCUGUGGUCGUCAUCUCCAGCACCAACCAGGUGCCCAGUGCCUGGGCCUCCAUCAUGUGGUGGAACCUGGUGUCCUCUGGCACACCAAUGAACCUGCUGCUGUUUGCCAACCCUCCACUGCUCACCUGGCAGCAGCUCGCUCCGGUUCUCAGCUGGCAGUUUCUGUCUGUCGGGCAGCGAGAGCUGGACGAAGACCAGCUCUCCAUGCUGAGAGACAAACUUGUGGAUGAUGCUGAUGGUUUGGUGCACUGGUGCAUGUUCAAGGAUGAAGGUGCCUGGAUUUGGAUUGAUGCGAUCCUGGAUUUAAUCAGAAAACAUUUGGCUGAUCUUUGGCGGGAUGGGUCCAUCAUGGGUUUUGUAAGCAGGCAGAGGACAAAGUUUCUGUUGCAGAGUAAACCCGCCGGUACCUUUCUGAUCCGCUUCAGUGAGAGCAACAAAGAUGGAGCCAUCACCUUCAGCUGGGUUGACCACUCCAGAGGGGAGGCAAGUGUGCAUGCAGUGCAGCCCUACACUAAGAAAGAGCUGCUGACUUUGUCUCUGCCAGACGCCAUUAACAACUACACCCUGACAGCCAAUGGAAAGAGCAGCAAUCCUCUGCUCUACCUUUACCCCGACAUCCCCAAAGACACUGCCUUCAAACAGUACUACAAAGUCCCUGUGUCAACAGCAACGAACUACAUCAGAAAGACAAUAGUUGUUAUUUCAGUGGAUCCUACACCACCUUCAUCUCCACCCAGAGAGACGUCCAUGAUGGAUGUUGAUGCCGUGCUGGACAUAAAUGCAGACUUGUGCCGAAUGAUGGAGGAGUUUGACUGCGAUUCUUUCUUAGCUGAAUCUGAUGUCAUGUGGCCAGAGUGUCCAAACGCCUUCUCAGAUCCGUCUAUCACCGGAGGCCAGCUCUGCUGAUCCAGUCAGUCAGUCCUAAAGGGAUCCGAGUUAACACUGUCAUAUCAAAGACAACAUAGUGGGGCACAUAGAACAAGUAAUGGGUGUUUCAAAGGUUAUUUUUGUUUUGUUUGUUUUUUGUAAAUAAGAAUUUAUCUUAAUAACCUACCUGGUUAAAUAAAGAUUAAAUUAAAAGCUAGAACUUUU